AUGAAGCAUUUCUCCUUCCAUUACAAGGAAUUAAAGGAGACUGACUUAAUUUUCCUUUACUGCAUUUACAGCAUUCUUAUUUUUCUUCUUUAUUUUCUUCUCUAUUUCUCUUUCAUUUUUGCUUUACUCUUUUUCUUCAUGUUUUCUGUUGUUUUUUUUUUUACUAUUGGUUUUCAUCUUUUCUGUUUGUUACUUGCCUUCAUUUUCUAUAUUGUUUUAUUUUAUACCUCACAAAUUCUAAUUUCCUUCCUUUUUCUCGUUUCCCACAUCUUAUCCUACCUCUUUCCUUUUUCUUUUUUCUUUCUUUCUCCUCUUUUCAUUUUUCCUUUUACUCUUUUCUUUUCAUUUUCCUACUACUUUUUUCUUUUCCUUCUACAUUCUACUCUUUUCUUUUCUUUUUUCUUCUCAGCUUUUCUUUUUUCUACUACUUUUCUUUUUAUUUUUCCUUCUACUCUUUUCUUUCUUUUUUCUUCUUUUCUUUCUACACUUUUCUUUUUUCUCUAA